GAUCUAACUGGUGGGAUGGAUAUAAGAGACAUGAGAUAGUUCUUUUUGAUAAAUGGUAUACAUCAUUGGAUUGGAAUGAUAUUGUAAAAUAUUUAAACGAUACUCCAGAGAAUGUUGAGCAAAAAGGCAAAACAUUUGUACCUUUUCUUGCCAAGUAUGUCUUUAUGACAUCUCACAAACCACCAGAAGAAGCUUUUAAUUUUCGAAGGUAUAAUAUAAAUGAAGAGAUAUCAACUCAACGUGAUUGGGGUCAAUUUUAUCGUUUAGAGGAAGAAUUUCGAUCCAUGACAUGGGAUGUAAAAUAUCGUAAAGGCGAAUUUACAUCUGAGGAACUAAAGGCUGUGGUGCAGGAAUUAAACAAAAAUCAAGAUGGUGAAGUGAUUAUUAAAGCUGACAAUCAAGUUUACUGGUGUCGUUGUUUUUCCAAGUUCAAAAAGAAUUAUCUAUGUGAUUAUCCUAGAUGCCCAAAAAGAAAACCUAACAAGCGAUUGAAGCAUCGAAUCGAAAAAUUUAUAAACGAUUCGAAUCAUGAAAUUGAAACAAUAAAUGAUAAUUCUACAUAA